ACGCCGCUUUCCCCUCCCGCCCUCCCGGGGCCCUUCUUGGGGGCGGGGGUGCUGGGCUUGCCCGGCGCAUCGCUCCCGAGUCCCUGCCCGGCCUCCCGCGGCUCUCCCGCCCCCGCCCUCUCCUCGCCCCCGCCCCUCCCGCCUGCCCGGUCGGCGGCAAAGCGGAGGCGGCGGAAGCGCGGGCCGGGCGCGUUCCAGCCAGGGCGGCGGCGGCGGCGGCGGGGAGGGGGAGGAGGAGGUGGGCUGCGCCCGGCCCUUGGGCGCCCGCGGCGGGGAUGGCGGCGGCGGCGUCCCUCCCCCCGCCUCUUUUUCCGCUGCUGCUGCUGCUGCUGGCGGCGGCGGCGGCGGCGGGCGGCUGCCGUGUGGGAGGAGGAGGAGGGCCGGAGCGGCGGCGGCGGCGGCAGGGAUGGCCCUGAGCGCGGGGCCGGCUGCCUAAAGGGCGCUGCGCGGACGCCCGACGCGCCACUCCGCAGCCAGCCAGCCAGCCAGCCAGCAGCCGCGGAGGAGAAGCCGCCGCCGCCGCCACCCGCCUCUCCUCGCCCGCCCUCCCGCCAGGCCCGCUGCGGCAGACGCGGUCGGGGUGGCCGCCCAGCCGGACGAUGGUGCAGUUCCCGGCGCUGACCCACUACUGGCCGCUGGUGCGCUUCUUGGUGCCGCUGGGCAUCACCAACAUCGCCAUCGACUUCGGCGAGCAGGCCUUAAAUAGAGGUAUUGCAGCCGUCAAAGAAGAUGCUGUGGAAAUGCUAGCCAGCUAUGGAUUGGCUUAUUCCCUCAUGAAGUUCUUCACUGGUCCAAUGAGUGACUUCAAAAAUGUGGGACUGGUGUUUGUAAACAGUAAAAGAGACAGAACCAAAGCAGUGUUGUGCAUGGUUGUGGCUGGUGCAGUGGCUGCUGUAUUUCACACGUUGAUAGCAUACAGUGAUUUGGGAUACUACAUUAUCAACAAGUUGCACCAUGUGGAUGAAUCCGUGGGAAGUAAAACGCGCAAGGCCUUCCUAUAUCUUGCUGCCUUCCCUUUUAUGGAUGCUAUGGCUUGGACUCAUGCUGGCAUUCUUCUGAAACACAAAUACAGUUUUCUGGUGGGCUGUGCCUCCAUCUCAGAUGUCAUUGCUCAGGUUGUUUUCGUAGCCAUUCUGCUGCACAGUCACCUGGAGUGUAGAGAGCCCCUCCUGAUCCCCAUCUUGUCCUUGUACAUGGGGGCGCUUGUCCGGUGCACCACCUUAUGCCUAGGCUACUACAGAAACAUUCAUGAUAUUAUUCCUGACAGCAGCGGCCCAGAGAUGGGGGGAGAUGCUACGAUAAGAAAGAUGUUGAGCUUCUGGUGGCCUCUGGCAUUAAUUCUGGCCACACAAAGAAUUAGCCGGCCUAUUGUCAACCUCUUUGUGUCUCGGGAUUUGGGCGGCAGCUCAGCAGCCACAGAGGCAGUGGCCAUUCUGACAGCUACAUAUCCAGUGGGUCACAUGCCAUACGGCUGGUUGACAGAGAUCCGAGCUGUUUAUCCUGCCUUUGACAAGAAUAACCCCAGCAAUAAAAUGGUGAAUACGAGCAGCACCGUCACAGCAACGCAUAUCAAAAAGUUCACGUUCGUCUGCAUGGCCAUGUCCUUAACGCUCUGCUUUGUGAUGUUUUGGACUCCAAAUGUGUCAGAGAAGAUAUUAGUUGACAUAAUUGGAGUGGAUUUUGCCUUUGCGGAGCUCUGUGUCAUUCCUUUGCGUAUCUUCUCCUUCUUCCCAGUUCCAGUAACAGUAAGGGCACAUUUGACAGGGUGGCUGAUGACCCUAAAAAAGACUUUUGUGCUGGCCCCGAGCUCCAUCCUACGGAUCAUUGUUCUUAUUACCAGCCUGAUAGUGCUUCCUUAUUUGGGCGUCCACGGAGCCACCCUAGGAGUUGGAUCCCUUCUUGCUGGCUUUGUUGGAGAAUCUACCAUGGUAGCAAUAGCAGCCUGCUACGUGUAUCAGAAAGAGAAAAAGAAGAGGAAUGACCAUGAGACAGCAACAGAAGGUGAAGACUCAGCAAUGACUGACAUGCCUCCGACAGAGGAAAUGACAGACAUCGUAGAAAUGAGAGAAGAGAAUGAGUGACAGACUGAAGACGACUGUUCUCCACAGGACAACUGGAAGCCUCUUCCUUCUCUCAUACUUUCUUUUGAUUAUUUUUAGGCCUUGAUUCCAGAGGUUUCAGAUAAUAAACUUCCUGGCAUACCAAGUAUGCUGGCACAGAUGCGGGACUCAAAGGAACAGUCUCUGUUCUUCCUUCUUCAACUGAAUUUCUUCUCUCACUCCAUUCAAACUCAAAAGAUGAGGCUGCUGCACCGUAGAGGGAACUUCCUUUCUUUGGGCAGUCUCCAUUUAUCAACCAAAGUCAUGUUGUUUAUUCAUGGACUCUGUUGCCGUCCUCUCGAUCUCCUCAAUGCUUUCCCUCCACCCUGGCACAAACACCCACCCACACUUCCUUUUUAAUUAAUGAAUGAUUGAAAAUGCAACAGUUGACAAAAAUUAGCUUUAUUUUACUUGCUUGAAAAAAGACUUUGCUCUAUUAGUAUUUAUCAUGGUGGACCCUUGAAUUGAGCUUUCUCAUCGUUUAAUGUGAUGUACUGUAUACUGCGACAAAACAGGAUACUGAGGCAGGAGUCAAGAAAAAAGUAAAUAACAAGAGUACAUUAAAUAGACGGUAAUAAAUACAAGACAAGUCUGUCUGUAGAGUUCAUUGUAUUGCCUGAGAUACACAACAGGUUUUUAUAAUCUCUGGUUUCUCAACUGUGAACCAAUAUCUGUGCUACACAAACCUUAUAAAUGUUUUCUAAAUCAUAUUAUAGGUAUUUAAAUUGGAAGCUGUUUAAAAAAUAUUGGGGCCCCAUCUAAAGCCCUUUUUUGAAGAGCCUGUUAUUCUGCUGCUUAAUGGUUUGGAGGAUACUGUGCUGAGAUGUGGUGUAAGAAAUUGUUGCUGAGAUGGUUUCCUAAAAGGAAGGUGACCAACAAAAAUCCACUGAUAUUUAAACCAAAGUUCUAAUCCAGUGUUUUGAAAGUGUGGCUGUUUGUACUUAUUCAAAAUAUACUUGCUAACUUAUACAGAGAAUAUCAUUGUAUAUCCUUUCGAUGUAGAGAGCUUGGGAUAGAGCUAUUGUUUCAACACUUUUCCAAGACUGAAUAAUAUAAAUAAAUCAAAGCCUACAACAGAGGCAUGUUUCUCAAAAACAAAGAUACUUCCUUCCAUGCCAUAUAAAGGGGAUCUGCAGAGAUGCUGAUCAGAGGAAGAUGUUUGAAUGAACAAGGCACGCACACACGGUCUGCACUUGAUGACUGAAUGGUCUUGUGCGUCAGGAAUGCCUGAUAUGGACUGGGUUCCAGGUUUCAUUGGACUCCUGACCAUCGGUACGGCUGUAGGACCUCUACAAGAGGUACAAUUUCUAUGGUUGGUGUGGGAAUAUUUUCCUAUACUUCAAGUUGUGUGCUACAUGCUCAAUCUAGAACACUGGAAGGAGCCGUGCAUGUGUACACUGAAAGGGGCCAUUGGCUUUGACCAUGUGGCAUGAUGUCAUUUUAAUCCUAGAGAAAAUAUCUUUAGCCAAAUAUAUAUUUUUCUAUAUGCUUUAGAAUGGUUAAAAUUAUUUAAUUUAAUUUUGCACAAAUCCAUUUUCUAGAUUUCUGGAGCAAAUAGCUUAGAGUAGAUGAAAUCUUUAAAACUGCAAUUCUAUAUCAAUAUAUGUGUAUACAUACACAUGUAAGUGUAUAAAUAUAUAUUGUAUAUUAUGUGUAAUUUAUUUUAGGCUGCGGUAAAUUUCCUAUUUUUGCAAAGCUCAGUAAAGAAUUUCUAAUAUAAUACAAAGUUUGCUUGUGUGCUGAAACUAAGUCUAAAGAAGUGUACUCCACUGCUAAGUGUUAACAUCUCUGCAAGGUUGAUAUCCAGCUUUGCACAUAUACAAAUGCAAUAAAUAAGAUGAUGUGAUGAAUAUAUUCUCAAAG